UCGACUCAACAAUCGGCGCAGCGGACGCAGAGGGCUAUGCAGCCGCAGCCGCCGCCGCAGCCCGAGCCCGCCCAUCGGCGGGCGUCGCCGUCCACGUGCUCCACCGCGACGAGGCGGAGCAUUGGGUGCAUGGCCGGCCUCCUCCGCCUCAUCUCCCCGUACCACCGCAGCCACCACCGGAAGCGCCUCACCGCCAAGAACAAUGCAGCGCAGGCCUCGGCGCCAUCGCAGCCGCCCUCGCCGACCAAGAAGAAGGCGCCCUCGCCCUCGCCGUCGCCCGAGCCUUCUCCAGUGAAGCCGGCACAGCAGCCGCGGCAACAGCCUCCGGCCGUGGUCCGGCGGCGGCGGUCCUGCGACUCGCCGCGAAGCCCGACGAUCGCGCCGGAGCACCGGCGCUCCAGCUGCGACAGCCCCCGGCCGCCGCCGCCGGCCAUCGUGGCGCGCCUCAUGGGCCUGGAAGAGUCCGCGCCGCCCUCGCCGGCCGCCGCCGCGGCGCCGCGGCCCGUCGUCCCGGCCCGCCCGCCUCCUCCGCCCCCGCCGCCGGAGACGGCCGCGGAGAAGCGGCGGAAGCUGCUGGGCGCGCUGGAGAAGUGCGACGAGGACCUCAAGACGCUGCGGCGGAUCAUCGCGGCCGUCCGCGCCGCCGAGAUGCGCGCGGCCGCCGGGUCCGACGCCGCCCCGGCGGCAGGGAUUUUCAGCCGUGACGAGCAGUCGCCGUCCCCGUCCCCGUACCCGUCGCCGCCGACGCCGCAGCAGCCCAAGCUGCGCGGCGUGGAGCAGCAGCACCCCAGCCCGGACUCGGUGCUGGACGCCAUCAGCUCCCCGAGAUUCCCAUGCAGGAAGCGGCCGUCUCCGUGCACGGAUCUCGAUGCGGGUGGCAAGGCCGGCGGCGGUAACGGAGCGGGGCCCCCCGCCGUCGGAUCGAAGAUCGUGAAACCCUCCCGCACCCUUGUCUUCACCGGUGAUCACUACCGCAGGAUCAAAUCGGGCGAUGAGGAUCACUACCGCAGGAUCAAAUCGGGCGAUGAGUUGCAGCAGCUGCGCGCCGUCCAUUCCCCGGUGCCGCUGGUGGCGGGCAUGCCGAGGUCGGCCAGCGCGGAGAGCUGGCGGCACCACCGGCGGCGGUGGGAGCUGGAGGCCGCGGCGGCGGGGCGGGUGAUCAGCCGCGCGAUGGUGGAGAGCGCGGGGGAGGCGAUGCGGGGGCCGCAGGGCGGCAACGAGUGGUGGCGGCGGGAGCGCGCCAUGGUCGCGGCCGCACUUGAGCGCGCCAUCGUGCAGGACCUCGUGGGCGACCUCGUGUCCGGCCUGCUCGCGCAGUCCGGCCGCGGGCACGGGCACGGGCACGGCGCCGCCGGGUGCAGGAAGAGACUGUGCUUCUGAUCUUGGUUGUGGGCCGGCCGGGACUCUCGCGUCGUUUUCUCGCAUUGGGUUUGUCUCGCGUGCGUCGCCAUGUGCUUGAAUUUGUUAGCAGGUCAAGGUCCUGGGGGUGUGACGUUACGUUGUGGGUGGGAAUUACUCGUAGCGCGAGAGGAAUUAACUGCCGCGGCUGCCGCUGCCGCGCCAUGGAUGGCAACCGCCACAGCUAUAGCUAGCUGAGCUACCCCCACCUGAGAUCGGUGAAUGCUGAUCGUGGUAGUAUUAAAAAGAGCGGAUUCGCCGCGGCGUCAGUUGUAGGUGGAGUGAGUGAUGGCAAGCAAGCAGCUGCCCAAGUACACCUGCAGGAAGCAGGUUCACUGGGAUCAGUUCAUCACACCUGAAGACCGGCCAUGCUGAGUAAUUGACGCCGACACCACCACCUCUACGAACAGUAUAAGUCAAUCCCCAGGAAGUGUAGCAGCAGUACAGUCUAGAUUUUGGGAUCUUCGAUCUGGUUAACUAUAUAUAAGCGAAUUUCUCUGAA